GCUCAGACAACAAAAGCGGAAGAUGCUGCAGUUGGGCAAGGUCAGGACCUUGCCCUGAAGCCAGGCGGCGGCGCGCACGCCUUUCGCUGGACUGAGGAGCUGUCGCUGGUGGCGGGUGCAUGUUCACGAGGAGGCAGUCGGGCGCCGCGCCGUUCGGAGCUAUGCCUGUCCCAGACCAGCCUUCGUCAGCCUCCGACAAGACCAGCUCCGUCAGCCCUGGCCUCCCCACCUCCAAUGGAGACGGCUCGGAAACGGAAACCACCUCCGCCAUCCUCGCCUCGGUCAAAGAACAGGAAUUACAGUUUGAAAGGCUGACCCGAGAGCUGGAGGCAGAACGCCAGAUCGUCGCCAGCCAGCUGGAGCGAUGCAAGCUCGGAUCGGAGACCGGCAGCAUGAGCAGCGUCAGUUCAACAGAAGAGCAGUUUCACUGGCAAUCACAAGAUGGUCAAAAAGAUAUCGAAGAUGAGCUCACAACAGGUCUUGAACUGGUGGACUCCUGUAUUAGAUCCCUGCAGGAAUCAGGAAUACUUGACCCACAAGACUAUUCAACAAGUGAAAGGCCCAGCCUGCUCUCCCAGAGUGCACUUCAGCUCAAUUCCAAACCUGAAGGGUCCUUCCAGUAUCCAGCCAGCUACCAUAGCAACCAGACCCUGGCCCUGGGGGAGACGGCCCCGACGUCGCAGCUCCCCGCCCGCAGCACACAAGCCCGAGGUGCGGGCCAGAGUUUCAGCCAGGUAUGUGGGGGAACGGGCCCUCUGCUCUGUUGCUCCGUGGGCUCCAAGGGACCCGGUGGGAAGCAGGAGUGUGAAAUGGCCAUGAUGGCCCCUCCUGCCUUUUUUGGGGGUGCCCUCCAACUUUGGAAAGACGCCCUGAGUGCUGUGAUUGAAGGAAGUGAAUAA